AUGGAAAAGAUUUUGAACCCUAAGAAUCAAUUACUCGUUAAGGACGAUGUGGGAAGAGGUAAACCAAUCACUAGAGAUCUCCCACCCGAUGGAUUUACAUUCGGAAAGCCAGAUAGAAAAGACCCAGAAGGAGCAUCAAUAGUUACCCAAUCAUGGAAAGCUCACGAGCAGAGCAGACCAAAAGAUCCAGAGAGAGAUUUCAAAAAGCUUAAUAAGUUAGGAAUUAAGAACGGUGCAGUAGAUGCUAAGAAAAUUAAAGAGUUCAGACAAACCAAUGAUGCUAGAUUGGACCUUGGCAAAUCUAAAAGAAAUGCCUCCCAACCCCCUCUUGACCAAAUGGCAUUUGGAAAACCUAACCGCCCAUCUACCCCAAUUCAAGGAGUUAUUUCCAAUCACUAUGGAGAAAACGCUGCAUAAGAAAUCUAAGAUAAAUACGUAAUUCAACAUGAAUUGAAGAAACAAUCUAAAGGAUUACCGUUACCAAAGUAAACCAAAGCUCAUGAAAAAGCUGUGGAACACAUUAAGGGCAAGCAAUAGGCCAAGGAAGAGAAAUAAGAAUUUAAGUUGAAGAGAUUCUAAAAUGUAGAGCCAAGAACCAAUACUAAUAGACCAGCUGGAAACGGAGGAUAAGCUCAAGAAUGA